GUUACCUCAGGAGCGUUAUCCUCGCUGAGGCUUGAGGCAGCCGAGACCUGUCAGAAGCCGAAGCGGCGCGAUGGCGGGUCGAGGCGCGGCUUGGAGGCCGUGGCUUCCGCUCCUUUUGUUGCUCGUGUGGCGGGGCUGCGGGGUCCGGGCGGCGGUGCAUAUCAAGAAAGCCGAGGCCGCUUCUUUUUCUUCUUCUUCUUCUUCCUCGGAGGCCCCGCAUUACUUGGACGACGCCGAGCUGGGCGAGACGCUGAGGCGGAUUUCUGAGGAAGAAGCUCCGCGAGGCCUGGCGCGGCGCUUCUCCAUCGGCCGCUCCAACGAAGGGCGCGAGCUGUGGGUGCUGCGCCUCAGCGAAGGCCUCCCGGGCGGGGACGGCGGCGGCGGGCCUCCCUUGGCGGGCCGCCCUCAGGUGAAGCUGGUGGCCAACAUGCACGGCGACGAAACGCUGGGCCGGCAGUUGCUGGUCCGCCUGGCCCGGGAACUGGUGGCCGGCUGGGCCCGCGGGGAUCCCCGAGCCCGCCGCCUCCUCAACGCCACCGACCUCUUCCUCCUGCCCAGCCUCAACCCGGACGGCUUCGCGCGAUCCCGGGAAGGGGACUGCCAGGGUGUCGGCGGGCGGGAGAACGGACGGGGCCGCGACCUCAACCGCAGCUUCCCCGACCAGUUCGCAACCUCACAGCUGGAUCUGGCCGACGUGCCCGAAGUGCGCGCGCUGAUGGAGUGGAUGCGGCGCAACCGGUUUGUGCUUUCUGGGAACUUUCAUGGGGGAACUGUUGUUGCAAGCUAUCCAUUUGAUGACUCAAAGUCGCACAAGUCCUCUGGGAUAUACAGUAAAUCGGCUGACGACGAAGUUUUCAAAUACCUAGCCAAAGCCUACGCAUCAAACCAUCCCAUCAUGAAAACAGGCACCCCAAACUGUCCUGGGGAAGAGAAAGAAACCUUCAAAGAUGGCAUCACCAACGGAGCUCAGUGGUAUGAUGUAGCAGGUGGAAUGCAAGAUUAUAACUAUGUUUGGGCUAACUGCUUUGAGGUCACAUUUGAACUUUCCUGUUGCAAAUACCCACCAGCUUCUCAGCUUGAGCAAGAAUGGCUGAAUAACCGGGAAUCUUUGCUCACUUUCAUUGAAAAAGUGCACAUUGGAAUUAAAGGAUUCGUGAGAGAUUCGGUCACUGGGGCUGCCUUGGAAAAUGCAACCAUUGCUGUGGCUGGAAUUGCUCACAACAUUACGACUGGACAGUUUGGUGACUAUUACAGACUGUUGGUGCCUGGGACCUAUAAUAUCACAGCUUCCGUCCCGGGUUACCUGCCAGUCACCACGGAGAACGUUGAAGUGAAGGAAGAAAACGCAACUAUAGUGGACUUUUCCUUGCAUCCUACAGUCACAGUGUUGACUUCCAGCCCCACCAAGGAAGCUCUGAUAACCACCAGCAACUCUCUUGACAGUGCAGCAACUACCACCGCUGUAAACAGAACAGCCUCUGCUCGGCAGGUGAUCCAGCCGGAUGAUUUUCGCCAUCACCACUUCCCUGAUAUGGGUAUCUUUCUGAGGAAAUUUGCCACUGAGUACCCAAACAUCACCCGACUCUACUCGGUGGGCAAGUCAGUGGAGCAAAGGGAAUUGUAUGCCAUGGAGAUAUCGGAUAACCCAGGCAUUCACGAAGCAGGUGAACCAGAAUUCAAGUACAUUGCCAAUAUGCACGGCAACGAAGUGGUAGGAAGGGAAUUGCUCCUCAACCUCAUUGAGUACCUCUGCAAGAACUACGGAACCGAUCCUGAAGUGACUGACUUGAUCCAAAAGACUCGGAUCCAUAUCAUGCCAUCGAUGAACCCCGAUGGCUAUGAGAAAUCUGUAGAAGGAGACGUAUCGGGAAUUUUCGGAAGAAACAACAGCAACAACUACGAUUUGAAUCGGAACUUUCCGGAUCAGUUCGUCCAAAUCACCGAUCCCCUGCAGCCAGAAACCAUAGCUGUGAUGAACUGGCUGAAGACCUACCCUUUUGUGCUGUCGGCCAAUUUGCAUGGAGGAUCUCUGGUGGUUAACUACCCCUAUGAUGAUGAUCAGCUAGGAGUUGCCACAUACAGUAAAUCCCCUGAUGAUGCUGUUUUUCAGCAGCUAGCUCUUGCCUAUGCCAAGGAGAAUGUGGAAAUGUUCCAGGGCCAUCCGUGCGACAACAUAUAUCCCGAUGAAUAUUUUCCUCGUGGCAUCACUAAUGGAGCGAAUUGGUAUAAUGUCCCAGGUGGCAUGCAGGAUUGGAAUUACCUUAACACAAAUUGCUUUGAGGUGACCAUUGAGUUGGGCUGUGUCAAAUAUCCCAAGGCAGAAGAGUUGCCAAAAUACUGGGAGAAGAACCGCCGGUCUCUGCUGGAGUUUAUCAAGCAGGUCCACCGAGGUGUCAUUGGGUUUGUUUUGGAUGCCACGGAUGGACGAGGCAUCUUGAACGCGACCAUCAGCAUUGCCAGCAUUGACCACCCUGUCUCCACCUAUAAAACGGGGGAUUAUUGGCGCCUGCUGGCUCCAGGAACGUACAAGAUCACGGCAUCUGCCCGAGGGUAUAAUUCAGAGACAAAGAUGGUCAAAGUUGAAGAGAACAAUGCCGCACAAGUCAACUUUACUUUGAGUCGAAAAGGCCCCAAAGUUGAAGAAGGGUCAGCACCGCAUGUGAACAUGGCGGACUCCAGUGGGCCGGUCACCAAGGAAUUAGAAACCCUGAUCAAAGACCUCUCAGCAGAGAAUGGCUUGGAGCAUCUCCUCUUGGCUUCUUCAGCUGAUGUUCAGCCUUCACGUUACCGUCCCUACAAAGAUCUGUCUAUGUUCCUCAGAGGCUUGAAUUUGAAUUAUCCAGAAAUCACAAAUCUUGUUAGCUUGGGCCAGAGUCGUGAGAUCCGUCACAUUUGGUCCCUGGAAAUCUCUAACAAACCCAACCAGUCCGAGCCGGAAGAGCCGAAGAUCCGUUUCGUUGCUGGCAUCCAUGGUAACGCCCCUGUCGGUACCGAGCUGCUCCUGGCCCUGGCAGAGUUCCUCUGCAUGAACUACAAAAAGAACAUGGCUAUCACAAAGCUGAUUGAGAAGACAAGAAUAGUGAUUGUACCCUCCCUGAAUCCAGAUGGGCGUGAGAUUGCCCAGGAAGGCGACUGUACCUCCAAACUGGGACAGGCCAAUGCCAACGGCAAAGAUCUGGACACCGAUUUCGCAAGCAAUUCCUCCGUGGUGAGGGAACCCGAAACCAAAGCCAUCAUGGAGAACCUGAUACAGAAGCAGGACUUCAGCCUCUCCGUUGCCUUAGACGGAGGGUCCCUCCUUGUUACUUACCCAUAUGACAAACCAGUGCAAACAGUGGAAAAUAAGGAAACUCUGAAACAUUUGGCUUCUGUCUAUGCAAACAACCAUCCUACGAUGCACCUAGGACAGCCAAACUGUCCAAACAAAUCAGAUGAAAACAUCCCGGGAGGUGUGUUGCUCGGAGCACAAUGGCACAGCCAUCUAGGGAGCAUGAAGGAUUUCAGUGUCACAUAUGGGCAUUGCCCAGAGAUCACAGUAUACACCGGUUGCUGUUACUUCCCGAGCGCAGGACAGCUCCAUACUCUGUGGUCAGAGAAUAAGAAAUCGCUUCUCAGUAUGCUGGUGGAGGUUCACAAAGGAGUCUAUGGCUUUGUCAGAGACAAGCACGGCCGGCCAGUGUCCAAAGCCCAAAUUGUGUUCAACGAAGGGAUAAAAGUGUGCACCAAAGAAGGCGGCUACUUCCAUGUGCUUCUCGCUCCAGGCUAUCACAAGAUCCUCGCGAUAGCGGAAGGCUAUCAGCAGCAGCAUGUCCAGGUACGGGGAAAGCCUCUUCGUUUUAGCGUGGCUCCACUGUGGUGGAAUAAAUGCCAUGCGGAAUAAGUUGGCACA